UUGCCAAAGCUCUGUCUGAAGCUGUUAUUUCCCUUAAUUUGCCUGUGGAAGUCUUUAACAUGGAAGACUGUGAUCCAGAGGAUUGUUUGUCAGAGGAGACAAGCAGCAGGAACAUCUGUGUGUUCCUGGUGGCCACGUACACCGAGGGGCAGCCACCAGAAAGUGCAGCCUGGUUCUGCAAGUGGCUGGAGGAAGCAGCCAACGAUUUCCGCGUUGGGAAAAGCUUCCUGCAGGGCCUGAGAUACGCCGUGUUUGGCUUGGGAAACUCAGCCUAUGUGGAUCAUUACAACACAGUUGGAAGGAGGGUUGACAGGUGGCUGUGGAUGCUCAGUGCCAGCAGGAUCAUGACUCGAGCUGAGGGGGACUGCAACGUGGCCCAGAGCAAGCAUGGCAGCAUCGAGGCUGACUUUGAGGCCUGGAAAACCAAAUUCCUCACUCGGCUGCAGGCGCUCUGCAGGGGGGAAAAGAAGCCCUGCAGUGGGAAAUGCAAGAAAGGGAAGUGCAAAUCUUCGGGGAAGCAGAGCAAGGAAAGCUCAGAUCAUGAACAUGGGAUGUCAGAAAAUGAGAAUACUGAGGCAGAGGAAUUGUUUGAAACCAGUAGUGAGGAGGAAGCUGAAGGCACAAAUUCUGUCAUCGAUGUUGAAGAUCUUGGCAAUAUCAUGGGCCACAUGAAGAAAGAAAAGAGAGAGCUGCAGGAAGGAGCUGCUGGAGCUGGGAGGAAGGAGGAGGCUGAGAGGAGAGAGAUGAUCACACCAGCCCUGAGGGAUGCACUCACAAAGCAAGGUUAUAAACUCAUUGGGAGCCAUUCUGGGGUGAAGCUCUGCCGAUGGACMAAGGCGAUGCUUCGGGGCCGUGGGGGCUGUUACAAGCACACCUUCUAUGGCAUCGAGAGCCACCGCUGCAUGGAGGCCACCCCCAGCCUGGCCUGUGCCAACAAGUGUGUGUUCUGCUGGAGGCACCACACGAACCCCGUGGGCACCGAGUGGCGCUGGAAGAUGGACCAGCCUGAGCUGAUCCUGCAGGAGGCCUUGGAGAAGCACCAGAACAUGAUCAGGCAGUUCAAAGGUGUGUCAGGAGUGAAGGCAGCUCGCCUGGAGGAAGCCCUGAGGGUGAAGCACUGCGCCCUGUCCCUGGUGGGGGAGCCCAUCAUGUACCCCCAGAUCAACCGCUUCGUCAGGCUGCUGCACCAGCAUGACAUCUCCACCUUCCUGGUCACCAACGCCCAGUUCCCUGAGGAGAUCAGGAGGCUGGAGCCUGUGACCCAGCUCUAUGUCAGUGUGGACGCCAGCACCAAGGAGAGCCUGAGGAGGAUCGACAGACCCCUCUUCAAGGACUUCUGGCAGAGAUUUCUAGACAGCCUGAAGGCCUUGGCUGAAAAGCAACAACGCACUGUUUAUAGGCUGACCCUGGUGAAAGCUUGGAAUGUGGAUGAACUCAAAGCUUAUGCUGACCUGAUAUCCCUUGGGAAACCAGACUUCAUUGAGGUCAAGGGUGUGACAUACUGCGGGGACAGCGCUGCCAGCAGCCUGAGCAUGGCCAACGUGCCGUGGCACGGCGAGGUGCUGGCCUUCACACAGGAGCUGGCACAGCUGCUGCCCGACUACGGCAUCGCCUGCGAGCACGAGCACUCCAACUGCCUGCUGCUGGCACACAGGAAGUUCCAGGUGGAGGGCGAGUGGCGGACCUGGAUCGACUACRGCCGCUUCCAGGAGCUGGUCAGGGAGCGCGAGCGCAGCGGCGGCGCCAGGACCUUCACAGCGGCYGAGUACACGGCCAGGACUCCCCCCUGGGCUCUCUUCGGGGCUGCAGAGCGGGGAUUUGACCCCUCAGACGUGAGGUUCCAGCGGAGGAACAAGGCACGGGACAUCUCGGGGUGCUGAGGGCUGGGCUUGCCCACCCUGGGCUUCGUUUGCAGGCUGGCACCGAGUUCGGGUCCAUCCGCCUGGAUUAUCCCGAUGUUUGAAAGGGGUCACGCCUGGAUUGAAACCCUCCUCCCAGUUUUUAGGAUUUUCUGAAUGACGAUGUUGAAAAUGUUCUUACUGGAGAUAAAUCAGAGCUGGUUCAGCAUCAGGGGAGGGGGGCAGUGCCUGGGGUCUCCUCAGUGGGGAAUGUUUGGGGUGGGAUAUGGGGCCAGAGCAUUCCUCGGGCUCCUGGGCAAGGAGAACCGGCCUGUGCUGGCAGCAGAACAUCUCACAUCCAACAGGGAAAUGCUAGGGGGGUUUCAGCCCCCAGGAGCCCUAAACAACAGGUCUGGUCCUAAAGAGACCUGUCAGGUUCCAGCUGAGGGUGCCCAAGGUCCAGCUGGGGGUGCCUGGUGUCCGGCUGCGGGUGCCCAAUGUCUGGUUGGGGUGCCCGGUACUCAGCUGGGUGUUCCCAGUGUCUGUCUGGGUGUUCCCAAUGUCUGUCUGGGGAUGCCCUGUGUCCAGCUGGGUGUUCCCAAUGGCUGGCUGGGGGUGCUCAGUGCCUGGCAUGGGUAUUCCAUCUCUCUUUUUAAAACCACCCUCUUUUCCUAAGCUUUCCUUAGGAGUUCCUAAAGCAGAASGAAAUAAAGGAGUUUUUCUAGAGUGCCCAC